CCCCGCCUACCUACCCACUCCCUUCCCUCUCGCCGCCGCAGCCGCAGCCCGACGCUUCGCCGCAGCCAGGAGGCCAUUCUCCGUCCCCCACUCCGCCCCAGAGAGCAGGCCUAGACCCCGAGAGCGACACCGGAAUGUCGGCGAUGAUGGGGGCGCGGCUGGACCUGGCGCCCUUCCUCCUCUCCCCGUCGCCCUCGCCCUCGCGGCCGUCCCCCGCCCUCCGCCUCCGGACCUCGUCGCCGGCCGCGGCGGCGGCGAGGACCCGCUUGCUCGCCCCGCGGGCGGCGGCGGCAGCGGCGACCGCCGUCUCCGCCAAGCCGGCGGCGGCCGGGCCCCUGUCCGCCGACCGCUCCGUCGUCCGCCUCGGGCUCCCCAGCAAGGGCCGCAUGGCCGAGCUAACCCUAAGCCUCCUCAAGAGUUGCCAGUUGUCGGUGAGGCAGCUCAACCCGCGGCAGUACACCGCCGACAUCCCGCAGGUUCCAAAUUUGGAGGUUUGGUUUCAGAGGCCCACGGAUAUUGUUCGUAAACUAUGUUCAGGGGAUCUUGAUCUUGGUAUUGUGGGUUAUGACAUAAUCAGUGAAUAUGCGCAGGGCAAUGAUGAUCUAGUUAUUAUUCAUGAUGCUCUCGAUUUCGGACAUUGUCGCUUGUCCCUUGCGGUGCCGAAGGAAGGUAUUUUCGAUAGCGUCAAUACUCUAGAGGAUUUGUUAAAUAUGCCUCAAUGGAGUGAAGAAAGACCAAUGCGGGUCGUUACAGGAUUUGGUUAUGUAUGUUCUUGGGACACAAUGUAUCGUCAGUCUAUAAGGGUAAUAUAUGCUAUACUUAUUCAUUUUUUCUGCAUGAAGAUGGGUAUGGCUGACGCUAUUGUGGAUCUUGUGAGUAGUGGAACGACUUUGCGUGAGAAUAAUUUGAAGGAAAUUGAAGGUGGAGUAAUUUUGGAAAGCCAGGCAACGCUUGUAGCAAGUAAGAAAUCUCUGAACAGACGUGAAGGUGUGUUAGAGAUUUCACAUGAGAUGCUUGAAAGAUUAGAGGCUCACCUCACAGCAUCUGGCAAGAUAAUGGUAACGGCAAAUAUGAGGGGCAAUAGUGCAGAAGAAGUGGCAGAGAGAGUUCUCAGCCAAACAUCAUUAUGUGGAUUACAGGGCCCAACUAUAAGUCCAGUGUAUUGCACACAGGAUGGCAAUGUUGCGGUGGACUACUAUGCUAUUAAUGUGGUAGUUCCCCAAAAAUCCCUCUACAAGUCUAUUCAACAGCUGAGAUCUAUUGGUGGCAGCGGAGUCUUGGUGUCGAAACUGACCUACAUAUUUGACGAGGAGACUCCUAGGUGGCGCAAACUUUUGUCAGAGCUGGGAAUGUGAGACUUGCUGCAAGGUCGGCCAUGCUCUCCUCUAGAAUGGACCGUCUCAGUGAGCAUCUGAAUUUAUGCUCACUGCAGUGUGUACAUCAUACACAGAAGCGACCCGAGUUUGAAAAAAAAACCGUAUGCAAAGUGAACUCCCAUGUGGAUUGCCUGAGGAAAUUUCGAUAUCUAGUGCCGGAUAUUGUGCUCAGCUAACGUAUUCCCUGGACAGGCAGUGGUUGGUUUAUCCCUUUUAUGUGCCACCAGUUGAUAGAGUUGGGGGUCCGGGAUGUUGGGUGUAUGUUGUUUGUGUGUGCCGGAUCUUGUACCUUUUGUUGGUGCGGCCCUGAAUAAUUUGGGCUACCUGAUAUGAUAAUAAUGAAUCCCAUUGUGGUUUGGUCUCC